UGACGCUAUAGACGUGCGGAUGCUUCUGGAUUUGGCUCCAAGAUCAACUUGUAUUUCCAUGUAAAGUGCACGCGGUGGAGUCAUGUCUUUCCUGUUCAUGGUCAUAAUGUUCGGUGUAAGCGUGCAAGAGCUGAACCAACGGCUCGACCCGAUUUCGGGACUGGACACUGAUAAGUGGGUGAUCCCACCAAGAGCUGUCCAGAAUAGGAAAUCCACUCGAAGCGUUUUUCGAAUCACAUACCAGACGCCGGAUGCUGCCCUGCAGGGAUCACAUGGACGUAGAUCACAUCACGUCAACAGUCAGCAUUAUGCCAUGGACGGUUCUCUCGCCAUCGACCCCAUCGCAGAGCUCAUUACAGCCUACAACGAGCUGAAUAGCUCGGCUAUGGAUGAGCUCGACGAGGAGCCCAGCCCGCUCGAAUUCAUGCGCUACGUCUCCAGAAAUGCGCCAUUUGUCGUCAGAAAAGGUGCCAGCCGGUGGCCCGCGGCAAGGCGGUGGAGCACCUCGUUCCUCAAGGAUGCGCUGGCCGGUGAGACAGUGAACGUCGCCGUGACGCCCAAAGGAAACGCCGAUGCCCCAACGAGACUCCAAGAUGGAAGCCUGGUUUUUGCGAAGCCGUGGGAGGAAGAGCAAGACUUUUCCGAGUUUUUAGACUUCGUCAUCCGCCAGGAGACGGAACCGUCUAGCUCGGAUGAUGGCAACGAAAUCCGCUACGCCCAGACACAAAACGACAACCUCAGGAACGAGUACUCGACCUUGUUCAGGCACGUGCAGCGCGACAUCCCCUUCGCCCGCAUCGCGCUGCAGCGCGAGCCCGACGCCAUCAACAUGUGGAUCGGCAACUCGCGCUCCGUCACGGCGCUGCACAAGGACAACUACGAGAACGUCUACGUCCAGGUCCUGGGCAGGAAGCACUUCGUCCUCCUGCCAUCCCUGUGCCACCCCUGCGUGAACGAGCGGCGCCUCGCACCCGCGACGUACGCGAGGCGGCACGGGGCUGCCGCCGGCCUCGAGCUGCGGCUGGACGCCGGCGACGCGACGCCCGUGCCCUUUGCACUAUGGGAUCCAGACCGACCCGAGGAAGACGCCACGCGGUACUCGCCGCUGGCGUGCCCCGUCAGGGUAACUCUGGAGCCUGGAGACAUGAUGUAUCUCCCCAGCAUGUGGUACCACAAGGUUUCGCAAUCCUGCGGUGACGAGGGAAUCUGUGUUGCUGUCAACUACUGGUAUGACAUGGAGUUUAGUGGGCCUCUGUAUCCGAUGUCCUCGUUUAUCAGAUCGGUUCAUCUCAGCCAGCAGGAAAAUGCCAAGAUGGAAUAGAAAGUCGGCGGCUGUUGAUGGUCAUGGCAACCAUGACUUGUGCACAGUAUGGUCUCGCCAUAUGCGUGCAUGCUUUAUGCAUUAAUGUACCUGCGCGUCUCUGGGAUAUGAAAGAACCAGUAACCCAUGCCUUACGCCCCCCGCCUACCUGCCCUUCUUUGCUUUCUGUGCUUUCCUUUUUAGUGCCCGCAUCUCCUUCUUCAUCCUGGGGUCCACAAUCUUGUAUCGGCCCUUGACUCCGGACGGACGCCCCUUGAUACCCCGGUUGGCGCCCUUGGCCACGACAACCUUGACUGACUGCUUGGGCUUCUUCUUGGUCGCCUUCCUGAGCAGCUUCGCUAUGCUCUCGGCCUUCUCCUUCUCCGUCAUGCCCUCCUCAUUGACCAGGAGAUCCGAUUUCUUCUUCAGUUUCUCUAGGCGCUGUGCCGCCUUCAUCUUCUUCCGGCCCUUGGCCUCACGGACCUUCUUGAUGGGCCUGGCGUUGAAUGCCCUCGUCUUCUCCUUGAUCGCAGCAGCGGCAGCUGCGUGGUGGGAGACGGGAUCAUUAGUACAUCAACUCAAACAUCACAUAGCCUAGCGGUGGUGUAACACGAUCGGGCUCUCACCUUUUGUGAUUGGCUUGUGGGCCCUGUCAUGCUGUCCUUCGUCGUCCAGGAACCAGUCCGGCAGGCCAUCUCUGUCCUUGAAAGCGUGCCUGUUGAAGCCAUCGUCAAUGACAUCGUAAGAUGUCUUCUCUCCCGUGGCGAGUUGAUGGGCGAGAGUCAUUGCUUCUGCCGUAAUGAUGUCGAUGUCUGAAAGAUAUUGUUAGUGGCAGCUUCCAUGGAAGAUAUUCACGUGGGCGUCUUACCAAGCCUUCCGUCCCUUGUCCGUUUGUCUUCGUCCUCCCAGUCGUCCUCAAACCCGCUCUUUACCACCUCGAAACCAUCAUCGUCACUGUCAUCCGAAUCAGACUCAACAGCUUGGACAGCCUUGCUCUUGGUGGGUUUCUCGGCCGUUUUCUUGGCAGGUGCUUGCUUGACUUGAGGCUUGCUUGGUGCUUCCUCCAUCUCAACGUCCGAGUCAUCAUCCGCAUCGGCUUCUGUGGGUUCGUCAAGAACCCCUUCUAGAUCCUUGAAUAUGUCCUGGUUGAAAAAUGCCCUCGCUCGUUUGGAAAGCCCAGAGGUGUCAGAGGGUGCGGUGUCAAGAUCCGUCAACAGCGACUUCUUGCCCGAGGCCUCACCCUCGUCAUCCGAGUCGUCACUGCUCUCUUCCUCGAGUUCGCUGUCGCUGCUGAUUUCUCCUUCCUUGCCGUUGUCCGACACUCCCUCCCACUCAUCGUCGCCAUGCCCCUGUCGGGCCUUCUUUGCCCGAUACUUGGCGUCGGAUGCUGCCUUGCGCUCCUUGAAUUCGUCGUACAGCCCAUCGAGCUCCGUUUCUAGUCGAUCCUCGGCAUCGUCGGAUUCGUCGUCGGUUUCCCCCGAAGAGCCAAUGCCGCUGUCGCGGUCCUUUUUAGGCUCCUCCUCGCUGACGACCACCAUCUUGCCCUUUGUCAGCCUGCGCAUGGCACCCUCUCCCUUCUCCACAGCCUUCAACGCAAACAUGGCAUCCUCUCCGGCUGGCCCGGCUUGGUCGAGACCAAUAUCCAUGGGGG